CCCGCGCGGGUCCCGCCUACGCCCGCUCCCGCCGAAGCCCCCUCCCCUCCCUUGCCAUCGCGCCGAACGCGCGCGCAGGUGCGUGAGGCCGCGCCCGCCAGGGACCCUGGAGACGGUAGCCAGCCAUGGAGCACAUCCGCACGCCCAAGGUUGAAAAUGUCCGCUUGGUAGAUCGAGUGUCUUCUAAAAAAGCAGCCCUGGGAACUUUGUAUCUGACAGCCACACAUGUCAUAUUUGUGGAAAAUGCACCUGACACAAGGAAAGAAACAUGGAUUCUUCACAGCCAGAUCUCCACCAUCGAAAAACAGGCCACGACCGCGACUGGAUGUCCGCUGCUUAUUCGCUGCAAGAAUUUUCAGAUCAUUCAGCUCGUCAUCCCGCAGGAGAGGGACUGUCAUGAUGUGUAUAUUUCUCUGUUACGCCUUGCACGGCCAGUGAAAUAUGAGGAGUUAUACUGCUUUUCCUUCAAUCCCAAGCUGGAUAAAGAAGAAAGAGAACAAGGCUGGAUACUGAUUGAUCUUAGUGAAGAGUACAAGCGAAUGGGCCUCCCUGAUAAUUAUUGGCAGCUCAGUGAUGUGAAUAGAGACUACAGAGUUUGUGACUCUUACCCCACUGAACUGUAUGUUCCCAAAUCAGCCACGGCACACAUCAUCCUGGGGAGUUCCAAAUUCCGGAGCAGACGGCGGUUUCCUGCUCUUUCAUACUACUAUAAAGAUAACCACGCCUCCAUCUGCCGGAGCAGCCAGCCCCUCUCUGGCUUCAGUGCCCGGUGCCUGGAGGAUGAGCAGAUGCUCCAAGCCAUCAGGAAAGCCAAUCCUGGAAGUGACUUCAUUUAUGUCGUGGACACACGGCCUAAACUUAAUGCAAUGGCAAAUCGUGCUGCAGGGAAAGGCUAUGAGAAUGAAGACAAUUAUUCCAAUAUCAAGUUUCAGUUUAUCGGAAUAGAGAACAUCCAUGUCAUGAGGAACAGUCUGCAGAAAAUGCUGGAAGUGUGUGAACUUAAAUCUCCUUCCAUGAGUGAUUUCCUGUGGGGGCUAGAGAACUCAGGCUGGCUAAGGCACAUCAAAGCCAUAAUGGAUGCAGGGAUCUUCAUUGCAAAGGCAGUUUCAGAGGAAGGGGCCAGUGUACUUGUCCACUGUUCUGAUGGCUGGGACAGGACUGCCCAGGUAUGCUCAGUGGCAAGCCUGCUCCUGGACCCUCACUACAGGACUCUGAAGGGCUUCAUGGUAUUAAUCGAAAAGGACUGGAUUUCCUUCGGUCAUAAAUUUAAUCACAGAUAUGGCAAUUUAGAUGGUGACCCAAAAGAAAUCUCUCCAGUAAUUGACCAGUUCAUUGAGUGUGUCUGGCAGUUAAUGGAACAGUUCCCCUGUGCCUUUGAGUUCAAUGAGAGGUUUCUGAUUCACAUUCAGCAGCACAUCUAUUCCUGCCAGUUUGGAAACUUUCUGUGUAACAGUCAGAAGGAGAGGCAAGAGCUCAAAAUUCAAGAGAGAACCUACUCUUUAUGGUCACACCUGUGGAAGAAUCGGGCUGACUACCUCAAUCCUCUGUUUAGAGCUGACCACAGUCAGACCCAGGGGAGCCUUCAUCUGCCCAAAGCUCCAUGCAACUUCAUGUAUAAGUUUUGGAGUGGGAUGUAUAACCGCUUUGAAAAGGGAAUGCAGCCUCGACAAUCUGUUACUGAUUACCUCAUGGCCGUGAAGGAGGAAUCCCAGCAGCUUGAGGAAGAGCUGGAGGCCCUGGAAGAAAGGCUGGAAAAAAUUCAGAAAGUCCACUUAAAUGGUACCAAAUUGAAGAGUAAGCAAAGUGAACCCAGCAAACAUUCCACGUUUUCUACCUCAGACAACAGCACAGCCAACACUCCCCAGGAUUACAGCGGGAACAUUAAGUCAUUCCCAUCCAGGAGCCCUUCCCAGGGUGAUGAAGAUUCAGCUCUGAUUCUAACCCAAGACAAUUUGAAAAGUUCAGAUCCUGAUCUGUCAGUAAACAGUGAUCAAGAGUCUGGAGUGGAGGAUUUGAGCUGCCGGUCUCCAAGUGGUGGUGAGCAUGCACCAAGUGAAGACAGCGGCAAGGACCGGGACUCUGACGAAGCCGUGUUUCUCACUGCCUGAAGUUUCCUUUUGGAGUUCCAAGGUGAAGGACACAAAUACUUCCAAAAUUAAGGGGACAGUGCAAUUUAUAUUAAGAAACAAUUCAAGAAAUGGCAGGUGCCAGCAAGAAUUACAAAAUGCAUCUAUGAAAAUGGAAAAAAAAACUUUCACUUCUUAGUUUCUUGAACAGAAGUAGCCAGUUCUUUCAUCAAAUAUAAGGAAGAAUGUUGGCCAUCUUUGAAGCUCAUUUUAGAGUGUGGAAAUUGUGUUCACUACAAAGAAUCUGCUCUCAUCGCCUGAGGUCCAUACAGAAUUCGGCACAGCAUGUACUACUUAUAAAACAGCAUCUGUUCUCCAUUUCCCUCCUAGAAUUUAUUUUACUUCCAGAUGUGGUUCGUUUUCUAAAACACAUUUCUUUCUCACCUUUUUACCAAUAUUUCUAGAAGUAAAGAUAGAAAGUACCCUUUUUGGUUAAUUAAUAUAUUCCUAACGAACUUUGAGAUUACAAAGCUUACCUUUCAGGUGGAAUAAUUAUUUUAACUUUUUUCUUAGAUAAUAUUUUGAAUUAUGCCCUCCCACCCCCAGAUAUCUUCUGCUUUCUUCAUCCCCUAACAGUGCUAAAGUUUGUAAGCCUUUCACUAACAUGGAUUUGAUCUAACUUGGAUUUAAUAAAGUACAAGGAAUAUGGACUCUGGGUCUUACAUAUGAAUCCAGAUCUUAACUUUCUUGGCAAUGUUUUGUUACUAUUUCAGAGACUACACUAAGACUUUGAACCACUCACUAAUCUGAUUCCAAAUGACAACACUGUCACAUCAGUGGGGUAAUAAAAAAGCAAGGUAAAACUCCACUGAAGAGGUAUAGAAUUUGUAUGUCCUGUUUAUCAACCCACAAAUUAUAUUAGCAUAUCAAUAUAUUUUCAUUAACAUUAGCAUCACAUCAUGACCAUGGAUUGGCAAAUGAUAUUUCUACACUUUCUGCUAAGAUGAACACUAGAAGCAGUAUCAUUCCCCUCUUAGGCUAAAGAAAGAGGACUUGACUAGGUGCCCUAACUUUGGAGCUGGAGAAUCUUAGUAGAGAAAAGCUGCCCUGUUUGAUAGAAAUGAUAUUCUCAUUGUAUGGUUUUGAAAUAUUAGCACAUUUUAGUAAUUUAUUCAUCUAAACUUAGUUUUUAUAAUUUAUGUCAAUAUUUUAAAUAUUUGAAAAUUUUUAUCAGAAUGUAUUCAAUUUUGUUGAAAUGGGAACAAGGUAAUGAGAAGACAAGAGUCUGGUAUUGUUAAAACCUAUAGUAUGAAAGAUUUGAAGUGUCACUCUCUCAUCUUUCUCUCCAUAUAUAAAAAGUGAAAUAUGGUAUAAGUGUUCAUCAUUUAAAAACAGAAUGUCUUUAAUGUACUAAAGACCUAUAAUAUAAAAAUAUUAAUAUAAAAAAAUAAAGCAAGUGUAAUUCUUUCAGAAAAUUAAAUUUGAGCAUUUUCUUCUGGUAAGUUCCCAAAUUAAGUACAAAGGAUAUAUACUUGUUUCUGUAAUACAGUUAUGCAAUAGCUAACAACACACAGGAACAACAUACUGGUAGUGGCUUCUGCAUUUUUAUAGCCUGUAACUCCCUUUAUGCCAUUUUUGUAGUUCCCAUGCUUGAGAGGCUUUGUUGCCUAAUAAUGAAAAUGUGACUUUAAUAUUUUACAGUUGAUAGUGUAAAUCUACAAAAAUGGUACUUAUGUAAAAAAAGAAUAUGAUGGACACUGGGCAUGUGUGGUGGUACUUGCCUUUAAUCUCA